AUGCACUUGAUGUACUCUCUAGACGAGCGAGGCAAGCGUCUCUAUACUCUCAAAAAACUGACCACAGAUGGCAGCAUCACAAAGAGUGCUCAUCCAGCUCGCUUCUCUCCUGACGACAAGUACUCAAAACACAGAGUGACGUUGAAACGAAGAUUCAAGGUCUUGUUGACUCAAACACCUGCUCGUGAGGAAUAG